AUGCCAGACCCACAGGCCAAGCAAGCAUGUGAUGCAUGUCGCCGACGUAAAGUCAAAUGUAUUUUCCCAAAACCUUGUGAGCAGUGUCGAGCUGCUGGCCUGGUCUGCCGAACCUCCUCGCAACGACAGAAGAAGGGGAGACAGGGCCAAACAGCCAAUAUUCUCAAUGAACUCAGAGCAAACCAAAUUGAACAGGCGCUGGCACAGAAUGCGAAUCUUUCUCCGCCAUCAAUGACUCUUGGGCUCGGGGAUACUAUACCAACUCCCCAGUCACUACAAACCUCGGGAAGAUGUCAGUUCGCGAAAACCCCGGGCCUUGUGAGCGGGGAGCUUGUCAACGCCUGCUCGGGAUAUUUUUUCUCGCGAAUGAGAGGAACAGUGCCCGUUUUGCAACCCGGCAGCUUUCAGAAACAGGUGGACCUUGCCGAUACAUGCCUCCAUGCUUAUUGUCUAGUCACUGCUUUCUGCGCUUUUGUGGUCACUCAAACCGGAUUUGCCGUGGAGCAUUCAUCUUUGGAAUACUCUCGGGUUUUUUGUACCGAAGACUACCGAAAUUCCCUGAUUGAGGAAGCCACUGAAGCUCGAAAGCAUAUCGAUCCAUUCACGGAUCCUAUACGGCAAAGCAUUAUCAUCGCUUUCCUUCUGUAUGGAUGUCAUAUUGGACUUGGAAACCAACGGCAUGCAUAUUAUUUUCUCCGCGAAUCGACGACACUUUAUACAGCUAGCGCACUGGAAAGUCAAGCAUCAUCGGCGCAGGUGGAUGACGAUGACCCUUCCUUGGCAGGCAAAUUGUUUUGGCUCCUAGUGGUGUCCGAGAGAGCUCACGCUAUUCGUCGACAUAGACCUAUUACGCUACAGGUCACUCCCGAAAGCCCUCAAUUAGAAGACGAUCCACUCCCAACUCAAUUGGAAGACAAUGUACUAGAAAAUGCAUCAGCCAUUGGCUUUCGGUGUCUGGUAAACCUCUACCGCCCAUUUGAUGAAAGUUUUCUGAGUCAGUGGAAUGGAACGAAUGCCACAUGCUCGAUUGAGUCGCUGGUUCGCCUUGAGGAGCUUAUCCAAAGUGCAGUCCCGGCAGACCUUGAUCUGCCUGAUAUACUCAUGGCAGACUUGCGUGUGUCUCAGCAGUGGCUGCGUAUCAUGAUAUGGCAACUAUCUACAACUGCUGGGUUUCUUUCGACAAAGCCUAGUCAUGAAUGCAUGGAUUUUCGCUACCCCCUCCUAAUUGCUGAAGAUCUCUGCUUUGCGACAUGGAAAUUAUCCAGGCAGAGUAUGGAAACUCACGGAAUUGGUCUUAUUGAAAAAAUAUUUGAGGUGGCGUGCACCUUGAUUGAUGUCAUGGCAUGCCUCUCAACGGCUAGACUACGUUCUUCGGGCUUCAAGCUUGGCCCGCAGGAUUAUCUCAAGCAUUUCUUUACUCUCAUACACGACCUUCCCGGGGGCCGUCGAAGGCUUCUUCCGCUGCUACUUACCAAAAUAGGGCAAACUCUGCCAUCCAUGGUAGAUCCUAUCACCGUUCAUCUCAAACUCCAACCCAGCCCCUUGGUUUCAAGCUCUACCAAUGAGGAAUCAUCAAUAUCCGCCAUUGCGAGAAGUGGCAACUCAAUUGAACAGCCCUCCACUGAAUUGGUUUCAGAGUCUGCGAAUUGGAUGAAUGGUAACUUCAACUAUGCGGAGAUGAGCCGCAUCGGUGAGAAAACACCAGAAAUUGAUGAGGCAUUUCUCCAAUACUCCAGUUACUUUCCCUGA